AGUCGAGCGACGAGGGAUGGCGAGCUCGAGUGCUGCCGGUGCGUGCGUGCGUGCGUGCGUGCCGUCCGUCCGCCCCGUGUGUGUGUUUUUGGUCGUGAAGGCUUUCCGCUCCAGAUAAAGUGGACAGAUUUAAAAUUCCUUCUAAAAAAAAAAAGUGAUGGCUUAUAAUUCCCUCUCCAGUUCUCCUCCGCCUCUCGAAGAUGGGUUUUAAUACGGAGAUAAAAUGAGUCCAUAACCUCCCAAUGCUAAUAUUUCCGUAAAUCAUCCUCGGCCCAAGUGUUCGGGUGUUUGUCGUGGGCGGAAGUGUUCGAGUGCAGGAAGCAUCGCGGGGAAGUUGGAAGUUGAUUAAAAAAAAAAAAGUGGUUAGAUGUUUAUCGUUAAAUAGGCGUUCUCGAUGGACGUUUAGAUUCUGUGUUCGUAAAUAGGAUGUUAUUUAGACCGUAAUAGAGUGAAGAAACGGUUGGAAAAGAAAAAACGCUAUGACCUUUUGAAGACCGAAAUGCCGUUUGGACGCGAAGUCGAGGCCGUCGCCACCGCGUUCACCGAAGCCAGGCGCGAGGAACCGGACAUGGCCUGUUAAACUCAAUCUCGCCAGGACUUUCGGACAAAAGGCGCGAAGAAGCAGGUACAGGGGGAAGAGAAGGAAAACGAACGCGAGAAAAGGAGAAACAAACAGGAAGAAAGGAAGACAAGAAGAGGGAGAAAACGCCGACAUGAUGGAAGGGCGAGGAAGACUGCGAGGAAUCUUGUUUCUCGCCGUUCUCAUUACAGGAGCGUGCGGCAACCCCGACGCCAAGCGGCUCUACGACGACCUCCUCUCCAACUACAACAAGCUCGUCCGCCCCGUCAUCAACGUCACGGAUCCGCUCGAAGUCAAGAUCAAGCUCAAGCUGUCGCAGCUCAUCGAUGUGAACCUCAAGAACCAGAUUAUGACGACUAACCUCUGGGUGGAACAGUUCUGGUACGACUACAAGCUGAAGUGGGAGCCGUCGGAGUACGGGGGCGUCAAGAUGCUGCACGUGCCCUCCGACCACAUCUGGCGGCCGGACAUCGUGCUCUAUAACAACGCCGAUGGCAACUUCGAGGUGACGCUGGCCACGAAGGCGACGCUGCACCACGACGGGCUGGUCGAGUGGAAGCCGCCGGCCAUCUACAAGUCCUCGUGCGAAAUCGACGUCGAGUUCUUCCCCUUCGACGAGCAGACCUGCGUCAUGAAGUUCGGGUCCUGGACCUACGACGGCGGGCAGGUCGACCUCCGCCACAUAGACGAGGUGGAGCACAACCCCGUGGUGGAGAUCGGCGUCGACCUCUCCGAGUUCUACAUGUCGGUCGAGUGGGACAUCCUAGCUGUGCCGGCCAUCAGGAACGAGAAAUACUACACGUGUUGCGACGAGCCCUACCUCGACAUCACGUUUAACAUCACCAUGAGGCGCAAGACACUCUUCUACACCGUCAACCUCAUCAUCCCCUGCAUGGGCAUCUCCUUCCUCACCGUCCUCGUCUUCUAUUUGCCCUCAGACUCCGGCGAGAAGGUAAGCUUGUCCAUCAGCAUCUUACUCUCGCUCACCGUGUUCUUCUUGCUGCUAGCCGAGAUCAUCCCUCCGACGUCGCUGGUUGUGCCGUUACUAGGGAAAUUCGUGCUGUUUACUAUGAUAUUAGACACGUUAAGUAUAUGUGUGACAGUGGUGGUGCUGAACGUGCACUUCCGCUCGCCCCAGACGCACACCAUGGCCCCUUGGGUGAGGAGGGUCUUCAUCCACAUUCUGCCGAGACUGUUGGUUAUGCGGAGACCUCAGUACCAGAUGGAUAAGCACCGGUAUGCUAAAGGAGGCGGAAGAUCAAGACUAUUCCUGGGAGGGAAUGAGCGCGUGUCAGCUAAAGUGAACCACUUAGGUAAAUAUGUGUGUUGCAGGAGCCAUCAGGAGCUCCAAGAAGCCAUCCGCGAAGGUCUCCUGUACAUGGACCUGCCGGGGAGUCGACCUCGAUCACCACGUGGGGAAUACUCACCCAGGGAAAUAGAUGCACUCGGUAUCAAUGGAGGGUGCAAGAUACAUGGUCCAGCUGCUCUUGCCGAUGACCUAGGUGUGGGCGUUGGCCUGAAUGGCAAUGUGAGCUCACCAGGAAGGGGUCCAACUGACAAUGGUGUCCAGUACUGCCCAGAGGUCACCAAAGCCUUUGAGGGUGUCAGGUUCAUUGCAGAGCACACGCGGCGUGAAGAGGAGUCUGUCAGGGUGAAGGAGGACUGGAAAUAUGUUGCCAUGGUGCUUGAUCGGUUGUUUUUAUGGAUAUUCACCCUGGCGGUGUUGGUAGGCACAGCGGGCAUCAUCCUCCAGGCACCUACCCUCUACGAUGAUCGUUUACCCAUUGAUGUUCAGUAUUCAGAAAUUGUUGCUGUUGCAGAUCGCAACAUACCCAAACCAAAUGUUAAACCUAACUAGUAUAAUGACACACAGUCACACUAAGUAUUGUAGACAGUUUUUUUAAACUAAUCCACCUCAUACUCAGAAAAAAUAUGACAAAGUUUGUAAAGAAAGACAACUUAAUUUUUUCCUUUAAUUGAGCAUAAUUUUGUGAAAUAAUGGUUUCAAAGAGUUGAAAACAGAAAGUUUGAAUCAUUAUGAUACAUCAUGAAAAAUAGAUGGUUAGACAAAAGUUACAUAAGGUCUUAUGUAAUUUUUAUGAUAAGCAUGUGUUACUAAUAACACAUGGAAUGUAAUUUGCUCAUAUAUCCAAUCUAGUGAGACAGUGACUCUCUUGUACCAUUUUUGUAAGAAAAUUGAAAUCUUCAGUCAUACCUUGAUGUUCGCUAUGAAUAAAUAAAAAAUCCAGCAUAGCCACAACGAUACGAAAAGCUCAAAGAAGAUAAUACUCAAGCAUUCAGACGUUUUUGGUUUAAGUUUCAAUUAAUCUUGGCUAUGUGCUGGCACUGGCAUCCUCUGUUUUUUCCUCUGCACAAGGACCCUUACAGAGAUCAUUGCUCAACUGCUUAAAAAUGGAGCAGCCAUUAUAUGAAGUUUGCUUUGAUAACUUAUGGAAAGGAUGUGUAGAUCAUGAAAGACAGUGAAGACAAUGAUGAAUUGAUCCUAGUAGUGACAGUUUAUAAGUCGGGAAAAGGACAUCUCAAAAUUUGAAAGGAAUGAAAGCAGAAUUGGAGUUGCAGCUGAUUUUAAGAGGAGAGCAGAUUUUCCUCUUUCCAGGGUAAGUUUCCUGCAUGGCAAAUUUUACUCCUAAAGGUUCUGUUGUGAAUUUUGCAAGAAAUCUUUAUCUCAAAAGCAAUGGAAAUAUGUAAGGGCAAGAAAACAGUACCGGUACUUUUUUCACUUAUGUAUGUUUGUGAGAUGUACGUAUUUUAUAAUUAUGUUCUACCAUUUGUAUACUGUAAAUACAAGUUAUUCCAAGAAAUGUAGGUAUAGAUGAGAGGAGAUUCUGAAUUAGUCAAAGAAAAUUCUCUUGAUCAGAUGGAUAUUGUACACUCUCUUCAUGACUUUUGGCUGCCUCACCCAGAAUAUACCUGUCCAGUCUCUCAGAACUAUUGGGUAUCCAUCUGAAUAAGACGUAUAUCUUAUUCCAAAGAAAAGGAGUGCAUUGUAAAUAUUGUAACCUAGCAAUACUGGUGCAUACAUGUUGGUGCCAAGAAAACUUGCAAGACUUGUACUAGAUGGGCACUGAAUGGGUUUUACCAAAGGUGAAGAUAUUUUUCUGAAAGUAUGUCCCAUUUUGAGAUAGUAUAUAUUGCAUGAAAAUUUAGGAUUGCAUAAUGGUUUACCUUAGACAAGUCAGUUAGAAGCAAAUUAUAGACAAAUAUUUAAUUUGUUGCUGCAAGUGUUCUUUCUUCUAAAAGCACAAUAUCAGUGUUCCUGGUAAAGACAGUAUUGUCCAUGACAAAAAAAGUAACAGUAGUGAUUACUUGAAAUGUAUAAUUUUGCUUGUAACUGUCUUUUAAAAUUCUUUUUCCAGUAAAAUUAUAUUUGUAAUUUCUUAGCAAUAUGAUGAACUGAGGCACAAGAAAUCCAAUGUUAUUAGAAGUAGAUAACAUAAUUUUUGCUUUAAGGGUUUUCUAACUAUAACAAAAUACAUAUCUGUUAUUCAUAAACUGUAUUUUCUUGCAUUGUAAGGUCUUCUUUGAUAUUUCUCACUAAUUUGAUGAUUUUUGAUUAGCCUUUAUAUGUCUUAUAUCAUGUACCAUACUUAGUUAUUGGAUUUCAAUGCUACAAUGAGUAAAUUAUUCAAAUUUAUGUCUUUGUAUUCCAUUUAUAUACAUGAAGCAUUCUACUAUUUUGUUUAGGUCUGAGGUAAAGAAGUAUGGACUUUUCUGAAAGAUAGAAUGAAGUACUAUUUGAAGCAUUUAUUUUAUCUUGUAGUAAUGCGUAUGUAAUUGUCAGGAAAAUGCAGAAUCAUAUUAACCCAAUGGUGCCCGUUAAUCACACUGUCUAUUGUCAUUUUCUUUUGUGAAUUCUGUUUGCACCUCGAUGGUCGCACAAGUGCUCAGCCAUCAAGGAGCCAAUUAAUAAACCUAUGUGUCCUCAGCAGAUUUCCCUUUUUCUUAAGUUUUUGGGAAAAUAUUUUUUUUCUAAUGCUAUUAUUGAGGAAAAGGGUGAACAGGUGAGUUAGAUAGGACUACUAAUUGACUCCUUGGUGAUUAAGUACUUGUGGAGUCACCUAUGUGUAAGACAAUCAAGAAACAGAAAGAUACAGUGGAAAUGGCAUGUAUUCUUGUCAUAAUGGCAACAAUGGGUUAACACAAGGAUAAUCAAUAUUGUGAUAUGCUUGGGAAAAAACAUAGUUUGAAACCCUAGUUGAUGAGUGGAAACACCUAAGAAUAUACAUCAAAAUACAUUUACCAAAUGGUUUGAUUUUUUGUACCAAUACUUAUCCUUCAAAAAUAAAAACUACAUAGAGACAAAAAGGAAAUAGAUAAAAGGAUGACUUUGAGUAUUUAGAUACUUUCAUGUUAAUAUUGUAAAGAUUUUUUUUUUUUUUUUUUUUAGAGGGAG